CGACUCAACGAGCGCGAAACGCGCGAGGCGAAAGCAUGGCGCUGCGGCUCACCACUCCGAGCGUUUCACCCAUUUCUUUCCCAAACUACCCUCGGAAAACCCCCAAUUUCCCUCCUCUGUCCCGCGUCGUCUUCCUCCUCCUCCGCCCCCGCACUUACCCGGCCAAAACCCUAGCUCCGCCGCUCCCCGCACGGCGGAGCGGCGGCGCCGUCCCCCGCGUUUCGCCGCCGCAGCAGGAGCAGCGAGUGGAGGAGGAGAUCGCUCGGGAGGAGGCGAAUGGGGGCGAGUGGGGUAAGGUCUCCGCCGUCCUCUUUGACAUGGAUGGCGUCCUCUGCAACAGCGAGGAGCCCUCGCGCAUGGCGGCGGUCGACGUCUUCGCCGAGAUGGGCGUCUCCGUCACCGUCGAGGACUUUGUCCCUUUCAUGGGUACCGGUGAGGCCAAUUUUCUUGGUGGUGUGGCUUCGGCCAAGGGAGUGAUAGGAUUUGAUCCGGAAGCAGCAAAGAAACGAUUUUUUGAAAUCUACCUUGAUAAGUAUGCGAAGCCUAAUAGUGGAAUCGGAUUUCCAGGGGCGCUUGAACUCAUCAUGGAGUGCAAAAGAGCUGGGCUUAAGGUUGCUGUUGCGUCGAGUGCUGACAGGAUCAAGGUGGAUGCAAAUUUAGCUGCCGCUGGUUUGCCUGCAUCCUUAUUUGAUGCGAUUGUUUCUGCUGAUGCAUUUGAAAAUCUCAAGCCUGCUCCAGAUAUAUUUUUGGCAGCAUCAAAGAUCUUGAACGUAGACCCUAGUGAGGUAUGUCUUGUAAUAGAAGAUGCUCUUGCUGGAGUUCAAGCUGCAAAAGCUGCUCGAAUGAGAUGUGUUGCUGUAACAACAACUCUAACGUACGAGGAAUUACAGCAAGCCAGUCCAUCACUAAUCAGAAAAGAUAUUGGAAAUGUUUUGCUUAAUGACAUUUUGUACGGUGGUCCUUCUGGUCGCAAUGGGAGGAUGCAAAACCCUCAGAAUAUUAGUUCUUUAGGAAAAUCUUCUUCAGAGCAGCUGAAUGGGGCCUUAAGCACUGAUUUUGCUCAGGAAAUCAAUGCUGAAAGUGAGAAAGGCCAUUUUCUUGGAGGGUUGCAGGGUUCUCGUCGUGACAUUUUAAGAUAUGGAAGCUUGGGAAUUGCUGUUUCUUCUCUCAUCUUCACUAUUAGCAAUUGGAAGGCAAUGCAAUAUGCAUCUCCUAAAGGUCUUCUGAAUUUUUUUAAGGGCAAUAAUCGCUCUAUUUUGGGUCAGAAUGAAGGAGACUCGCGAUCGUCAAGGAUACAACAAGUUAAGAACUACCUGGCAGAUUUAGAAGCUAGGGGCUCUGCUUCAAAUGUUCCCGAGUUCCCACCGAAUCUUGACUGGUUGAAUACAGCUCCACUUCGGUUUCGCACGGAUUUAAAAGGCAAGGUAGUUCUGUUGGAUUUUUGGACCUAUUGCUGUAUCAACUGUAUGCAUGUGCUACCAGAUCUUGAAUAUUUAGAGAAGAAGUAUAGUAAUAAGCCUUUCACUGUUAUUGGUGUACAUUCUGCCAAAUUUGAUAACGAAAAAGACCUUGAAGCCAUACGAAAUGCAGUUUUACGCUACAACAUCACUCACCCUGUUGUUAAUGAUGGUGAUAUGUACUUGUGGAGAGAAUUGGGAGUAAAUUCGUGGCCCACAUUUGUUAUUAUUGGGCCAAAUGGAAAGAUUCUAGCACAACUAGCAGGUGAAGGCCAUAGAAAGGAUCUUGAUGAUUUUGUGGAUGCAUCUCUUCAGUUCUAUGGAGAAAAGAACCCAUUGGAAAACAAUCCCAUUCCCUUGGCUUUAGAGAAGGAUAAUGAUGGCCGUCUAAUAACAUCUCCAUUAAAAUUCCCUGGGAAGCUUGCAAUUGAUGCGCAAAAUAAUAGGCUUUUCAUAUCAGACAGUAACCAUAAUCGAAUUGUGGUUGCAGAUUUGGAAGGAACUUUUAUUACUCAAAUAGGAAGUACUGGAGAAGAAGGAUUAAAUGAUGGUACCUUUGAUAGUGCCUCCUUUAAUCGUCCUCAGGGUCUUGCGUAUAACCCCAAAAAGAAUCUUUUGUAUGUUGCGGACACUGAAAAUCAUGCUUUGCGGGAGAUUGAUUUUGUCAAUGAGACUGUACGAACACUGGCUGGAAAUGGAACAAAAGGUUCUGACUACAAAGGAGGAGGACGAGGAACUGCUCAGGUCUUAAAUUCACCAUGGGAUGUCUGCUAUGAGCCCUCAAACGCGAUCAUUUACAUUGCAAUGGCUGGGCAGCAUCAAAUCUGGGAGCACAAUACAUUAGAUGGAGUUACUAGAGCUUUUAGUGGCGAUGGUUAUGAAAGAAAUCUGAAUGGUUCAAGCUCUACUACCACAUCAUUUGCACAGCCUUCUGGAAUCUCAUUAUCUUCAGAUAUGCAGGAGGUGUAUAUUGCUGAUAGUGAAAGCAGUUCCAUUCGAGCUGUUAAUUUGAAGACGGGAGGGUCAAGGUUGCUUGCCGGAGGAGAUCCAGUUUUCCCAGAAAAUUUGUUUAGGUUUGGUGAUCAUGAUGGGGCAGGAUCAGAAGUCCUUUUGCAGCACCCUUUAGGCAUAGUUUGUGGGAAAGACAAUCAAAUAUAUAUAGCAGAUUCAUACAACCACAAGAUCAAGAAACUGGAUCCAAUCACAAAAAGAGUGACAACUUUAGCUGGAACUGGUCGUGCAGGAUUCAAGGAUGGUCCAGCCUUUUCAGCUCAGCUCUCUGAGCCGGCAGGAAUUGUUGAAGAGGAGAAUGGAAAGCUUCUCAUAGCAGACACGAACAACAAUGCUAUCCGGUAUCUAGAUCUGAAUGAAAAGGACCCUGUAUUGCGUACUUUAGAGUUGAAAGGGGUGCAGCCACCCUCUUCGAAACCCAAAUCAUUGAAGCGCCUAAGAAGGCGCUUAUCAGCAGACACAAAAGUUAUUAAGGUGGAUGGCGGUUCUUCCAAGGAAGGUUACUUCUACAUUGCAUUUUCAGUCCCUGAUGGUUACCAUUUCUCCAAGGAAGCCCGCAGUAAGUUUGAUGUGGAAAUCGAGCCUGCUAACACAGUUGAUAUUGACCCCUUGAGUGGAUAUCUAAACCCUGAUGGAUCUGCAUCACUUCAUUUCAGGAGAAUUUCUCCUUUACCUGCAAUGGGGAGAAUAAACUGCAAGGUUUAUUACUGCAAGGAGGAUGAGGUUUGCCUCUACCAAUCUGUGGCUUUUGAUGUGUCAGUUCAAUCAGAAAAACCAGAGUCUAACCCUGCAGACAUCAGAAUUUCAUAUUCCGUUGUUCCAAGAGUCACUCCAGGUACAUCACAGCUGAUUCUUGCCAAUAAGAAUGGUUAAGCGUAAUGAAUAGUCCUUACAUUCUAUUUCCUUCAACUUUUCAAUCUUAUUUGUCUCUCAGAAGGUCAAUGUGAGAGCCCAUACUAUGUUCCUUUUAUACUUGUAUAAAGUUGAUAGGUUUCUGUCAAUUGGUAGGAUUUGUCAAUGUUUUAACACAUCUUUGGUUAGCAUUUUUUCAGUAGCCAACUACAAGAAAUUUAUUUUAGGAAAAAUUUUAUGCCUUCGGUUAAUUUUUGAAA